AGAUUUCACAGCAACAGACUUCAGAGUGUUAUACUGUGGAUCUAUCUGCAACAGAUUUCCUUUUCUUGAAAAAAGGAAUAAGAAGAGAAGAUGGAGGCAACUGACGGUCCUUAUGAGUACUACGACUACGACGAGUCAGAGAAUCGGAGCUCCAUCAUGUGUGACUAUUCUGAGUGGUCUUCGUCAUACUCUGUUAUCCCGGUGCUGUACAUGCUUAUUUUCAUCAUCGGCCUCUCUGGAAAUGGGGUGGUGAUCUUCACGGUGUGGAGAGCUCAGGGUAAGCGGCGAAUAGCUGACUUCUACAUUGGUAACCUGGCCCUGGCUGACCUCACCUUCGUGGUCACCCUGCCUCUGUGGGCCGUCUACACCGCCACGGGCUACAACUGGCCCUUCGGAGUGGCCCUGUGCAAGAUCAGCAGCUACAUGACACUGCUCAACAUGUACGCCAGUGUCUUCUGCCUCACCUGCAUGAGCUUCGACCGAUACCUGGCCAUCGUUCACUCCCUGUCCAGCACUCAGCUGAGAACCCGGGGCCACACCAGAGCCUGCCUCACCGCCAUCUGGCUGCUGUCCGGUCUCGUGGCUGCCCCCGUUCUGAUCUUCCGCACCGCCAAGUAUGAUCCAACCAGCAACCGCACCUCCUGCACCAUGGACUUCAGCCUGGUGAUGACCAAAGUGGAGCAGGAGAACUUGUGGAUCGCAGGGCUCAGUAUCUUCUCCUCAGCUCUGGGCUUUCUUCUGCCUUUCCUGGUUAUGAUGUUGUGCUACGGCUUCAUCGGCUGCACCGUCACCCGCCACGCCAACACCCUGCGCAAAGAGGACCAACGCAAGAGGAGGCUGCUGAAGAUCAUCACCAUGCGGGUAGUGGUGUUCGCCGCCUGCUGGAUGCCCUUCCACAUCGUGAAGAGCGCUGACGCCCUCUCCUACCUGGAGCUGUUUCCGGCCAACUGUGCAUUCCUGCGCUUCCUGCUGCUGGCUCAUCCCUACGCCACCUGCCUGGCCUACGUCAACAGCUGCCUCAACCCCUUCCUGUACGCCUUCUUCAACCUGCACUUCAGAUCCCAGUGUCUCUGCCUGCUGAACCUCAAUAAGUCUUUGCAUGCUAGCCCGGCCAGCCCCCUGUUGUGAUGCCCCUGUGGGUUCAUCUGGAGAGGGUGUGGCUGUGCUGUGUCCAGCCUUGAUUGCAGUAACUCAGGGCACCUGGGUCCGGUGCCCUGCAGCUAUUUAAAGCCUCUCUGCUCCUCUGUUUCUCUCUGCUUUUUCCAGCCUGUCCUCCUACAAAAAACGACCAUAUAGGCUGAUUGUUCAAGCCCUUAUUAUGACCCAGAGACACGUUUUAAAGUGUAUGACCACUAGACGUGCUCUAGUUGUCGUGUAAGAAACAACAUGCUCCCGUUGCAAACGCUCCGGUGGGACGUUUAUUCACAAAUAACCCUCUCU